AUGAAGACACAACUCCUUAUUCCUUUACUAUUAACCCUCUUCAUCACCUUCGUGUUCUCUUAUCCGUUAAGAAAUAUCGACGUCCACAAUGAAAAGCGUGACAAUACCUCCACAAAUGCCGAUGACGUUGUGAUUGACAAAAGAUGUCCACCCAUUAUCAACUGUGCCGGCGAAUGGGUGACGUGUAAUUACUGCUCAAGUGACGCCCAGUCGCAAAAACGUGAUUUGGAGUCUCUGGUCGCUAGAAAAGAUCGUAGAUCAAUUGGUUGCCUGGAGUUUGUAAUACGUCCAAGUCCGGGAUACCUUCGUCAAUGUGCGUCUGGAAACCUGAAGAUUAAAUUCGUUAGGUUCAUCGGUGAAAAUAAGUUCUUUUGGGGCACUGGGAAAAGGCGUUACAGCGCGAACAUUCCCAAAGGCGGAUUCAAUAUCAAUCCUGCUUCGCAAAAGGGUCCCGUGCUCGAAGAGUUUGGGUACGACUUGACAAGAUUCGCGAUGGAAGGAAAAUUAGAUCCCGUGAUCGGUCGCGAAGAAGAGAUUAGGCGCACAAUUCAAGGUGAGGCCGGCGUGGGAAAGACCGCGAUUGUAGAAGGAUUGGCGCAAAGGAUUGUUAAUGGCGAGGUUCCCGAGAGUAUAAAAGAUAAGAGGGUGAUAGCACUAGAUCUGGGGUCGAUAAUUGCUGGUGCGAGGUUCAGGGGUGAUUUUGAGGAUCGAUUCAAGGCAAUUUUACAAGAGGUACAAGAGGCCGAAGGGAAGAUCAUUUUGUUUAUCGACGAAAUCCAUAAUCUUCUUGGCUUGGGAAAAGCCGAAGGAUCUAUUGACGCUGGUAAUCUGCUUAAACCAGCGUUGGCCAGAGGUGUCUUGAGAUGUUGCGGCGCGACGACAAUCGAUGAGUACCGUAGGAACAUUGAGAAGGACCCUGCGUUGGCUCGACGAUUUCAAUCGGUUAUGGUGGCAGAGCCAACUCCGGAGGAGACGAUAUCGAUAUUGCGCGGACUGAAAGAAAAAUACGAAGUACAUCAUGGUGUAAGAAUUACCGACUCGGCGAUAGUAGCCUCUGCCACGUAUUCCUACAGGUAUAUUACCGACAGGUUUCUUCCCGACAAAGCGAUUGAUCUGAUAGACGAAGCGUGCUCCAAGUUACGAUUGCAACAAGAGAGUAAACCGGAAACGGUAGAAAAAUUGGAUAGACAAAUAAUUACGCUUAAGAUCGAGUUGGAAUCAUUGCGAAAAGAAACCGAUGUGAUGUCCAAAGAACGACGUGAGAAAUUACAAGAGGAAUUAGAAGAGAAACAAAAGGAAUACGAUCGGUUGAUCGAUAUAUGGCAAGCGGAAAGAGCAAAGUUGGAGGAAAUCAAAAAGAUAAAAUCACAACUAGAACAGGCGAAGAUUGAGCUAGAAGCCUCCCAACGUAAGGGUGAUCUUAGUAGGGCAGGUGAGCUGAGAUACGGAAUAAUUCCUGAGUUAGAAAAGAAAUUGCCAAAAGAGAGCGAAGAAUCCUCUGGCGAAUCAUUGAUCCACGAAUAUGUCACGGCUGACGAUAUCGGAGCCGUGGUUUCGAGGAUAACCGGGAUUCCAAUACAUAAUUUGCUAAGAAGUGAGCGAGAUCGAUUGCUGCAUAUGGAGGAAAAAUUGUCAGAAAGAGUGGUCGGUCAAGAGGAGGCGAUUAAGUCCGUGUCUGAAGCCGUUAGGAUGAGUAGAGCCGGAUUGCAAAAUCCCUCGAGACCGAUUGCCAGUUUCCUAUUUCUCGGACCCACAGGCGUUGGGAAAACGGAAUUAUCUAAGACGAUAGCAGAAUUUUUGUUUGACACUGAACAUUCUAUUAUCAGAGUUGAUAUGAGUGAAUAUAUGGAGAAAUUUGCUGUGUCAAGGCUGGUGGGUGCUCCACCCGGAUACAUCGGCGGAGAGUUGACAGAAGCGGUCAGAAGAAAACCAUUUUCCGUAGUGUUAUUGGACGAAAUGGAAAAGGCUCACAGAGAUGUUUCUAAUUUACUAUUGCAAAUAUUGGACGAUGGGUAUAUUACUGAUUCACAGGGUCGAAAGAUCGAUUUUCGAAAUACAAUAAUAAUAAUGACGAGUAAUCUAGGUGCCGACAUAUUGGCAUCGACAUCAGAAAUGGGCGGUACCGAAGGUAAAGUUAGUGAAUUGACAAAGAGGGCGGUUCUUGACGUUGUGAGAAGACACUUUCCUCCAGAGUUCGUCAAUAGGGUUGAUGAGAUGAUCGUGUUUAACCGAUUAUCGCCUAUGGCGUUUGGAGAAAUAGUUAAUGUGAGGUUAAGGGAAGUGCAGAAGAGAUUGAAGGAUAAGAAUAUCACGAUUGAGGUUGAUGAGCACACUAAAGCUUGGUUGGCGGAGAAAGGUUAUGAUCCCGUUUAUGGAGCGAGACCACUUAAUCGACUUAUUCAAAAGAAGAUAGUUAGUCCUUUGGCUCUGUACCUGAUUGAGGGAUCGAUUAAAAGCUUUGAAAAGGUGAAGAUACAUACUGAAACUAUAGAUGGUGAAGAAGAUUUGGUAGUUGUGAAGAAUCAUGAAGUUAUUUGA